AGAUCCAAUUCUGCAACUCAGAGCAGCCACACGGCGAAAACUAUUAGUGGGAAAAAGUCUCUGCAUCCUGAAUAAGCAAAGAGAAAACAUGAAAAUCAUUCUGGUCCUGCUAUUCGUGGCGCCCCUCACUCUUUCAGCAGACAAGGAUUAUUUCUCCGUUGAUUCUGCUGAAUCUCCCGAGACCAAAUCCAGAUUUGCCAUGUUGGACGAUGUACGAAUCCUGGCCAAUGGACUACUGCAGCUCGGGCACGGCCUGAAAGACUUUGUCCACAAGACCAAGGGGCAGAUGAAUGACAUCUUUCAAAAACUUUACAUUUUUGAUAGGUCCUUUUACGAGCUCUCCCUGCAAACCAGCGAGAUCAAGGAAGAAGAAGAACAGCUCAGGCAAACCACGGCCAGACUGCAGAUCAACAACGAGGAGAUAAAGAAUCUGUCGCAGGAGAUGAAUCUGAAGAUUGAAGACCUCAUUCAAAACAAAAUCCAGCUGCAAGAGAAAGUGUGGGGACUGGAGGACAAAGUCACCAAACUGGCCAUCAUCCAGCCUUUGAUGCAAGACACAAAAGAGAUUUCUUCACUCAAAGCUUUUGUGGAGCAGCAGGAUAAUGACAUCAAGCAGCUUCUCAAAACCGUCGAGGACCAGCACCUGCAGCUUGACAGGCAGCACAACCAAAUCAUGGAGCUGGAGGACAAGCUAAACCACAUAGAGUUCCAGGAACUCACAGAGAACUCCUUCACGGAGGAGCAACCAGAACCAGAGACCAAGCCCAUUCCUGUGCUCAAAGCCACAGCUGGAAGAUACAGAUCUGAUGGUGCUGCUCCUGACUGCACUGCUCUCUAUCACAGGGGUGAGCGGUUCAGUGGUGUUUACACCAUUAAGCCCAAUGGCUCAGAAGCCUUUGAUGUCUACUGUGAAAUGAAAUUUGGCACCUCCUGGACUGUAAUCCAGAAGAGAGUGGAUGGAUCACUGGAUUUCAACCAAACCUGGGAUGCCUACACAAAGGGUUUCGGUGACCUCAACGAGGAAUUCUGGCUGGGCCUGAACAAGACCUACUCCAUCACGAAACAAGGAGAUUACAUCCUACGGAUUGAGCUGCAGGACUGGAAAGGAAACAAACGUCACAUCGAGUACUUGUUCAGCCUGGGAGGCCCUGACACCAACUACACCCUCCAGCUUUCCCGGAUCUCCGGGAGCAUUCCCAACGCCCUCCCAGAGCAGACAGAGCUGCAGUUCUCGACUGCAGACCGGGAUGUGGACACAAAACAUGACUCCAACUGCCCAGAAAACUUCCUAGGAGGCUGGUGGCACAGUGAGUGUGAGGAAACCAACCUGAACGGCAAAUACGUCACGCCAAGGUCCAGGGCAAGACUAGACAGAAGAAAAGGCCUGUACUGGAAGCCUAAGAAAGGAAGAUACUACUUGCUCAAGUCAACUAAAAUAAUGAUACACCCAACAGAUUUAAAAAGCUUUGACUGAGGGUUCGACCUGAUGCAUUUUAAUUCAGAACAUACUCACUGAACUUCACCACAUCAAAGGACUCCAUGUUUUGUUUACUAACAGAUGCCUCUCAAUCCAUACCCUCUAUGGAGUCUCCUCCAAUACAUAAACCUGAGGCAUCUGAGAUGGUCUUACAGUACAUUUGGUGAGUACUUUUAUUGCCUCAAGCCUCAAUGUCAACGUGGAGCUUUUACCUCCCCAGGAUGAAUUCUAAUGCUUAGGAGUCAACCACCUACUCAUGUAUUGGAAAACAUUGCUUGGGGGAAUGGGUUUUCAGGCUGUUGCAUUUGGUUUUGGGUUGUGUAGUAGGGAAAACAAGAAGUGUUUCAGGAAACAAAGUGCAGGCACAAUGGUAUGGAAAAACUUUUAGGUGUUAAUUUAUAGGG